AUGGGCCUUGCGAGCAUGCCAGGAACGUGGACGCGCCUAAUGCGCAAAGCUAUAAGUCGUCUAGUGCCCGUCGUCGAAUGUCUGGAUGAUGUUUGCAUCUUUUCAAGAUCCAUGUCCGAUUACGUCGACCAUUUGCGGUAUGUCUGUGAGAUCCUUCGUUUUAAUAAGUUUUGUGCUCUCCAGGACAAGCGCGACUUUGGUCAAAAUUCGAUUGAUUUUUUCGGCCACACGAAAUCAUCCUUUGGCUUGCAUGUUGACGCUCGCAAGACGCGGUCAGUUGCGGAACGGGCAGAGCCUGGAAUCGUCACGGGCCGUCAACGGUUCUAUGGCCUUUCUGUACAUUAUCGACGUUUCAUUCAUCACUUUGCAACCCUGGUUUUACCGUUGAGCUUGAUAUUUAAACAAGAUGCAGUUUGGACCUGGGAGACAGCGCAACGACAAGCGUUUGAUGCCAUUAAGCUUGCGCUUCAAUACGCACCGGUGCUUCAUCUACCUGACUUCGACAAAAUAUUUCUUGUCCCAACGGACGCUAGCCGUGCCUGCUUUAAUAUUGCUUCUCAGCUGCACAAUGGCAAUGAUCUUCCUGUCGCUUUAUUCUGCGAGAAGCGGAGACCCAGCAAAAUUAAUUGGACAAUUUAG